AUAGGUACAAGUUCAACGGAACUUUCAAGGGUUAAAGAUCCCUCUUUUUAUUUCUUCAACCAUCAAUUAUCAUCCUCUUUCCUUUCUUCUUCCUCAAAUCUUCACAUUCAUCCAACAAUCAAAAACAAAACAAAGAAACCAAAAAUGGGUGUUUUGUUAAAACUUGUAGAUGCCAUCUUGUUCCUAUUCUUCCUAUUGAUAGCAAUUGUAGCACCUCUUAUUGAUGCUCAAACAUGUCUUCCUCUCUCUUACUUCCCUGAUUUUCUUAUCAACAUUAAAACAUGGUACACAAAUGAAUAUGGUGAUUAUCUUGUUGCUGACAAACCCCAUUUCUUUGUUGGUCUUGUUUGGCUUGAGCUUCUUUUUCAAUGGCCACUUUCUCUCCUUAAUCUCUAUGCUAUGUUAUCUUCUAAGCAUUGGUUUAAUACCACUUGCUUGAUCUAUGGUGUUUCUCUCUCCACUUCCAUGGUUGCAGUAUUAUCAGAAUUGACAGGAUCAAAGAAAGCUUCUGAGAAGCUCUUAACAAUGUACUUCCCUUUCAUGUGUUUGGGUAUUUUAGCUACUCUGAGAGGCUUGCUGUCAAAUUCUUCCAAGACUGGCUCGGCUUUCGGAAAAAGAUCUGCACUAGCGAGGAAAAAGCGAGCUUGAAGCAGUUGUUUUUGAAUCAAUUUUUGAGAAAAUGGGAAGAGAAUACGAGUUGUAGGUGUAAAGGGAUGUAGCAUGCAAAUGUUCCUUCCUCUAACCACAUUUUUUGGGUACAUUUUAGUGUUGAGUUUUGUAUUUAAUUCUUUGAGAAAAAGAUUUUGUUUCAAGUAUACAUCAAAUUCCAUUGUGUUGAAUACAUUGCCAUGAUAAGAAAUAAAAGGCUAAUUAUUGUCAUGA